UGUGUCUCUCUUUUUGUCAUAAACAUUUUUACAUUAAUUUUUACUAUUGUGCUUUCGAGCCAAGUAUAAUUUUGCUUUGUUGGGAAUUCCUUCUUCAUGUAAAGUUAAUGAUUUUUAAUAUUUACUUUUACUUUUUACUCGAUUUUUUUUUUAGCAUUCAUUCAUAUAUAAAUAAAAUACAAUAUUAAAAUACAAUGACAACAAUUUAUUAAUCAUUUGGUUGUAAAUGAUUUAUCUGAACAACAGCAUGGUUUCCGAGCAGGGAGAUCCACAUCUACCCAGUUGUUAGAAGUAGUCGAAUGUUGGUCCAGACUUGUGGAGAUGAUGUUUAUGUGCCACAGAAGGACUUCUUUAGUCAAGCAGUACGGCGAAACCCAACCUUGCACGAUGCCGAGUAUGCCGAGAAGUUAAGGAGAUGUAAUCCCACUCUAGGAGAAACCUAUGCCCUACCAUUGUGUAAUGCUCACAAUAGACGAGUACUGUACUGUAUUUGCGAAUAUCCAGUACCCAAGGACUCGUGUAACAUUACUAUGGAUGAUUGGGUUGAAAUGGUCAAUGACAUCCGUGACAACUAUGAGAAGUUUGAUGGCUUUGUGAUCAUACACGGUACUGACACCAUGUCCUAUACAUCAUCGGCACUUUCGUUCAUGUUUGAGAACCUUGGUAAGCCAGUCAUCUUGACUGGUUCUCAGGUACCAUUGGAAGAAACCCGCAGUGACGGUAGAGAGAAUUUACUUGGAGCCCUGUACCUUGCUGGACAUUAUGUUAUUCCAGAGGUAACAUUAUAUUUUGAUUACAAGCUGUUUCGAGGCAAUCGUGUCACAAAGCUUGUUAACAAUGAGCUUGAUGCCUUUGGUUCACCUAAUCUUGACCCACUUGUCAGAAUGGAAAUUGAAGUAGUAGUGGACUGGGAUAGUUUAUUUCGGAGUAAGUCUACACAAAAAUUUAAAGUUCACACUAAUUUGAACUGUAAUGUCGGCUUACUGAGGCUGUUCCCUUGUAUCACUGUACAAACCGUGAGAUCAUUCCUGCAACCGCCAAUGCAAGGUGUCGUCCUCCAGACUUAUGGAGCAGGCAAUGGACCUAGUGACCACAAGGAACUCUUAGAUGAAUUCAAAGCGGCAUCCGACAGAGGGGUGUUGAUUUUAAAUUGUACUCAGUGUGUCAAAGGAGUGGUUUCAAAUUCAUAUGAAACUGGAAAAGCUUUAAUAGAUGUUGGGGUAAUUCCAGGAGCUGAUAUCAACCCUGAGGCAGCACUGGCAAAACUUGGCUACGUCCUUGGCAAACAGGGUUUGACGCGUAAACAUCAGCUGGAUAUGCUUCAGAGAAACUUACGUGGUGAGAUCCAAGUCAGUAACGAGGAAGUAAAGAAGUUCUCUCUUGACGACUCAAAGUUCAUUCAAGCAGUUGUAGAAACUCUCAACAUCUCGAACAGUCAGGAGGUGAAAUCAGUAAGCACUGCACUGUUCCCAGUGUUGAUGUGUGCCGCUGCCAAAAAUGGUGACUUGACCUUGCUGAAACAAUAUGCGUCUAUGGGAGGGAACUUAAACUUAGGUGAUUAUGAUCAGAGGACACCUUUGCACAUGGCCGCCAGAGAAGGCCAUGUAGACAUCGUGACAUAUCUUUUGGAGAAUGGAUGCUCAAUCUAUGCUAGGGAUUGUUUUGGUAACACACCAUAUAUGGAAAGCAUAAGGUGCAGAAAUUUUGAGGUGAUUAAACUUAUACGGCAAACAGGUGGACAUUUUAUACGUGAAACGACUCAAGAAAUUGCAUCUUUGCUAUGCCGGGCUGUGGAGCUUGGAGAUGUUGAUGGACUGAAAGCAUUCCAUAUUGCUGAUGUAAAUUUUAACAACACUGAUUAUACCGGGAGGACAGCACUACAUGUGGCAGUGACACUGGAACAAAUUGACUGCAUUAAAUAUCUGUUGAGUCACGGUGCCGAUAUUCAUACAGUUGACCAACAGGGACUCACUCCUUUGAAGCUAGCAGAGAAACUUGAUCAUAAAUGCAUUUCAGAACUAAUGAAGUCAAGUAAUAUACAUUUCAGUUAAUGACAUAUGGUAACUAAUUCCACAAAUAAUUUGUGGAAUUAAGUUACCAUAUUUCAGUUAAUGACAUAUGGUAACUAAUUCCACAAAAUGAAUUAAUUAAUGUCGAAAUAUUGAAUCCCAACACGAUGGCGUGUAUUUCAAUACUUGGAGUAUGUAUUAUACUUUCUUAAUUCCACAAAUUAUGUAAAUAAGCUAUAUAUAAUUUUUCUUUUUAUUUUUUUAAAUUUUUUUAUUCUUAGUAUUUUUAUAUUAUAAUUUUGGUUUGGUUAUUAAACCUAUCACACACAACACAAGCCACAAAAUGUUAUUAUCAUCAUUACCAUUAUCAUUUAUAUUAAGAAUUGCCCUUCUGAAAAUAUUAUAAAUUAAUAGUUGUACAGAUAAAUAUAAUUUUUAUGUAUUAUAUUAUCUUAUUUAAAGCGCUGUUCACACUUUAAGUCUUGUGUGACAGGUACCUGUGAAUUUGCCCACCAAAUAUGGGUGUGGUAUGACAUCAUUAUGUCCAGCCACAGAAAAUUAAGCAGUGUACCUUCCAGUCUUUAUUUAAGUAAACAAAAUAUUGAAUUUCAUUGUCAGUUGUUACUUAACACAGACAGCAUAUCUAUAGCUAGAAAGCAUAACUCUACAGUUGCAUGUAUUUCAUUGUUUUAAUCUCAGUACUAAUUAGUGUACAGUAUUAGCAUUGUGAUCAUCAUGUAUUUCAUUGUGGUGUUAAUCUCAGUACUGAUGAGUGUAUUAACAUAUUGUGAUCAUCAUGUAUUUCGUUGUGGUGUUAAUCUCAGUACUGAUAGUGUAUUAACAUAUUGUGAUCAUCAUGUAUUUCAUUGUGGUGUUAAUCUCAGUACUGAUUAGUGUAUUAACAUAUUGUGAUCAUCAUGUAUUUCAUUGUGGUGUUAAUCUCAGUACUGAUUAGUGUAUUAACAUAUUCUGAUCAUCAUGCAUUUCAUUGUGGUGUAUUAGCAUUGUGAUCAUAUCAUGAAUUGUAUCAUCUCAAUAUUUCUAUCAUGCAAUUCCUAACAGCACAGUAAUAAUUUCUACACUCUGUGUUUUUUUUCAUAGUGAAUAUUUAAUUAGUUUUUAAUUAUUUAUUAUGUAUAUAUGCAAAUUAUUUGUAUAUUAUUAUUUUUGUACUAACUGAGGCAAACAAAAUGCCCAUUGAAUAAGUGGCAAACAGAUAAGUUUGUCAUUGUAAGAAAUAAUGCUAUUCCGAUAACGACAUCAGUCGCCUUAAAGGAAUUACGACUCGAACAAUGCCCUCCCUUGGAUACACCACAAUAUAGGCUGGCUGUAUAUGAAUUUUGUAACUGAGAUCCAGCCACCCUUUCCAACAAUGUUGUUUCAACAUUUGAUCUAUAAAAAUCAAUUUUUUAAUAAAUCUACUGUUACAUUUUAUUAGUAUUUAUUUACUGCAUACUUUACUUGUUCGUUUUAUCGCUCUGGAAGAGCACCGGAUUUGCAAUUCGAUCAAAUAAACAAAUAAACAAUAAUAA